UCUUCAUCCUCCGUUUGCUUCCUGAGAAAUCGAUAGAAAUAAACUCUUUACUCUUUUGAUUUUUAGUUUUUUUCUUUUGAUCUUCAUGGGUUUUUUUUUGCACUUGUGGGUUGUUUGGUAACUGAGAAAACGUGGGUAAUGAAUGGAUUUUAUUUUAUUUUAUUUAUAAUAUUAGGAUUUUUUGACAAACAAUCUUCACUCUUCAGGAACUCCUGUAGCUAAUGCAAGGGGAAAUUAGUUUCUUUUGUUUCUUUGGAUUUUCUCCUUUGUUUUCCCAGUAACCAAACAAGGCUGUAUCAUGGAUUCAUCAUUCAUCUCAUGGGUUUAGAGUGGUGUCGUUGUUGGUGUUUGCGGCUUCAUUUGACAAGUGACCCAUUCGGAAUGAAGCGAUCGUAAUUUGUUUGUACAUUUGAAGGCAAUGUGACAACCCUUUUAAUUCUUUUAGAGUCCAAAAAAAAAUCCAGCCAAGAGACAAAAGAAAUUGAAUGUUGGUCAUCUAGAGUCUGGGUCUAUUUCUGGUCCACAUCUACGAUCAAAUUCAGGCUCUUCAGAUGUGAAGGAAAUUGUCUGCGGUUUUUGCCAGUCAUCUAAGCUUUCAAUGGCUACGGGACCAAUGCUGCAUUAUGCUAAUGGAAAGCCAGUUCAAUCAUCCAACAUAUUUGAUUCCAAUGUCAUACAUGUUCAUAAGAAAUGUGUUGAUUGGGCACCACGAGUAUAUUAUGCUGGUGAAACUAUUAUAAACUUGGAGAAAGAACUGGAGAGGAGUGGACAGCUUGAGUGCAGCGGCUGUGGGCUUAAGGGAGCUGCACUUGGCUGCUACAUGAAGCACUGCCGGAAAAGUUUUCACGUACUUUGUGCCAUGAAAAUCUUACAUUGUCGUUGGGACUUCGAAAAUUUUUUGAUGUUUUGUCCUAGUCAUAGUUCACUCAAGUUCCCGAGUGAAAAGUCUCAGUUUGGGGAGAAAAGCACUAAAAACAAUUCCAAGUCGACUCAAAUAAGCUUUGGAGCAUCCUCUCAAAAGGGAGUAACAGAAUGGGUUCUAUGUGGAUCUGCCCUAUCUACCAAAGAGAAGUUUCUUUUGGUCAAGUUUGGAGAAACAAUUUGUGUAAGUGUAUCUAAGUACUGGAACCCAAAUGUCACACAUGUAAUCACUGCCACAGAUGUGAAUGGUGCUUGCUGCAGAACAAUUAAAGUCCUCAUGGCCAUUUUGCACGGAGGAUGGAUUCUUAAGAUUGAUUGGGUAAAGGCAUGCAUGGAAGCUCUAUAUCUUGUUGAUGAAGAACCUUAUGAAGUUAGCCUUGACAAUUAUGGUUGUCGUGAUGGUCCAAAAACAGGCCGACUUAGGUCAUUGGAUAAUGCUCCAAAACUAUUCAAAGACUUGAUUUUUUACUUUAUCGGUGAUUUUGUGCCAACAUACAAAAUAGACCUUGUGGAUCUAAUCAGAGCAGCAGGAGGUUUUGUCCUGGCCUGCAAGAACAAGCUGGUGGCACAAGUCCAUGAUGGCAGGAUAGCUCCUUCAACAGCGCUGGUUGUUUACAACCUCGAGCCGCCUCAAGGGUCCAUGCUGAGGGAAGAUGACCCAGUCAUGCUGUGGAAACGAGAAGCAGAGGUUUUGGCUGCUAUGAUUGGUUCACAUGUGAUUAGUGAUCGAUGGAUUUUAGACUCAAUUGCUGCAUGCAGAUUGCAGCCCUUUACCCUUUGAUAAACGAGUCUGCAAUGUACAUGCUAAGUUGUUUCCAGAGGACAUUAGGAUAGUCUUUUUGCUUAAAAACAUUGCUAUUCAUGGUUUAGAUUAGCAGUGAUGGGGAAAAAUGAGCUGGUUUUUUGGCUCAGCCUGUUGUAUUUUGAUUGUUUUGACUCAGGGUUGAGUUUGUGUGAACAUUUGAUCCUAGACCUAUACAUAAUGUUGUUGUGGA